AUGAAAUUCGGUCAGGAUUUCGAAGCAACCCUCGCUCGUGGCGAGUAUCCUCCUGAGUGGGUCAACUCAGCCAUAUCUUACAAGAAACUCAAAAAAUGCAUCAAGCGUGUACAACAAGAACUUCUGAGCCUUGGUCUCGAUAAAGACACUCUAGACGCCUUAUGGAAGCGCGUCGGGUCCAGUGACUUAGGUGCCGACCAAGGGACAGCUGAUGGCCUGCUCCAGUACACUGUUGAUGAUGGAGAAAAGGUGACCUUCACGCCGAAGUUGACGAUUGUCAUUGACCCCCGCGAUGGCUCGCCAAUGGAUGCCUGGCUCAGUCCUGAGACGCGGAGGAUUCUGCGACGCCUGGCCAGGUCUUCUCGAGCUCACAUUGACCACACUGUUCAAAGAGAUGAUUCUCCGGACGAACAACGCAGACCCACUGGUGAGUCAGGAUCAGAAAAUGACAAGCACCAAUUAGAACUGGUGGAGGUGCCUUUGACUGCAGACUCCGAAUUCUUCCAGACACUGCGCCACCAACUGGCCUGCCUUGACGACCUGCAGAGAUCCGAGUAUGCCCGGCUUCAGGCCGAAAUCAACCAGCUAGGCAGUGAACUGCGCGCGCUGCGAGCAAGCAAGUCGAAGCGUUCAAAAAAGGAAGUCGAGACUUGGAGGAAGAUCUUUGAGCUCUAUUCGGAUGCUGAAGUCUUUCUGUCCUCGCACGAAGCAGACGCUGGGGCGCGCGACGGAGCACAUGCUCAAAAACAGUUACAGACUUUCACACAGUCACUUUCUGCACAGCAAAAGAAGGCCCCCUUUCGAUUGGGAGACAACGCCAACACCGCUCUGUCGCGGUUCCUGCAAAUUAACGUCAACCUCGUACGACUGAUCAAGUUCCAAGAGAUCAACCGCACCGCACUCAACAAGAUCAUGAAGAAGUUCGAUAAGCGAACAUCCCUGCCCGCAAAAUCCUCAGUGGAGCAAUCACUCACCAAGUCCUCACCCUUUAUCGUGCAAGAUUUGGCCAAAGCCACAUGCUUCACCAUCUCGGAAGAAGUGUUGAGUGUCAUUCCCCAGCUCAACGACUACUUGUGCCCAAUCUGUUUCAGCAUCUCUUGGAGACCUGUGCGACUACGCUGCGGUCACCUGUUUUGCAUCAGGUGCAUGAUUGUUAUGCAACAAGAGGAGAAUAAUCAUUGUCCACUCUGCCGCGAAGCGGUGGUCAUGGAAGCCACCGAGAAGAACAUUGACUGCGAAAUGGUCAAGUUCCUGCUAGCCAACUUCAAGGUCGAUGUGAAGGAGAAGCAGAGGCAGAAUGAGAUUGCCGCUGGGAUCGAUCGCUGGGGUGCUGCGUAUGAGCAUGCUCAGAAGGACAAAUGUGUGGUUAUGUGA